AUGCCUGUAUUCACAGUUGAAGAACUCCAAGCUGCCGUUGAUAAUGGUACGCUUGGAACUUUCAUCACUGAUAACAACGACACCUUUCAGCAAGGCUUACGUGACCUGCUCUCGCUCUAUAAUCAAACCACCAUCGAGAAGAACACUGCAGAACAAGCACAGCACAUCGCUGAGCAAGCUCAACAAGCCACUGAAGCAGAUGCUCUAUAA